AUGAUUAAUAGUUCAUCAAUAAUAUCAUCAUCAGAUAAUACUCUUAUUGCACUUGUUGCAGAAUUAUAUGAACGUACUAAACAAUCAUCAACAUUACCAUAUGAAGCUUUACCUUUAUUACGUCCAUUACCAUUAUUACCUGGACACAUUGGUUUAUCGGAUCGUUUAAUGAAUAAAAUGGUUUUAGAAUUUGCUGCAUCAACACAAUAG